AGUAUUAUUUAACGGUGCCUAUGCUUUUUCCUGCAUCGAUCAAUCUCCUUUGAAGAAGAAGAAGAAGAACGUUAUCCAAACCCAGAUUUUUUUUUAUUAAAUCAAUCCGAAACGUUACAAGGAAGGAUGAAAUCAGCACUGAUUCGAACCAGUUCUACGCCCCUGCUUCUCGACGCAAGAGAUGUUCAUCGUCACAACAGAACUCAUUCGACAGUGAGAUAUGGUUCCACGAUCUGUUGUUCAUCGAAGAAGAACGAGUCUAACAUCCCAAAGCUUGAACCUUUUAGCCGAACCAAGUUUGAGAGGGCCGUCAAAGACCCUCCUUUGAUCCAAAAAUCUGAGAAAGACCUCGCUGAUUAUUGCUCAACGCUUGAAGGUGACGAAUCCUAUAGUUGCUGGCAAGCGUAUUUUGAGCUCAAAGAUCUUGAGAAAGAGUCACCAAAGGAAGACAUAGAGAGGUUGAUUCUCCAAACCGGUGGCGUAAAAUCCUUAAUAGGAUGUUUGCAUGGCAUUGCAAUAAUGCACAAUCUGAAGAAGAACGGUGUCAAUUGGGCCAAGAAUGUGAAAUCUGAGGAGGAAGAUAGACACUGUCCUAUACCAGAUGGGUUACCAAAAUCAGCUGAUGAAUUAUUGGAAGAGGAGCAAGGUAGAAUGCCUGAUUCACCAUUUACAAGGCUUCUCAGAAGCAAAGGAAAGUUCCCUGCUUGGUAUUCUCCUGCACCUGAUCAUCAAACAGAUUGAUGAUUAAUUGGUGAUUAUUGAUUAAUGUUUAAUACCUAAUUAGUGGGUUGGCCUUGGGAGUACCCUCAAUGUUAAAGGGUAUAUAAAUUUUGUUGAGAUUGUGAUAAUAUAGAUUAAUAAGGUUUCAUUUUAAUGUUUUGACAAGGAUUGUGUGCAGAGUUUAUUGUUGAAAUAUGAAAUGUGUUAUGUAUAAAGAACUGUUAGUUUGGAAUUGCAUUUACAGCACUCCGCUAUUGUUAAUAUACUAUUGGUUCAUGUGCCUA